GUACGUGCUUCCGUACACCCGGAAAUAAGGGGCGUCAGCGUUUCUGCGAACGGAGCGCGGUUAGGGUCAGCUGGCGCUGUCCCCUGUCAGUACUUCGGAGUCCCCAGGACGGGGAAGACUGUCCAGCCGCGUGGCCGCCGCCGGGCCGUCCCAGAGUCCCCGCGACUCGCGCCGCCCUCACGGAGCCAGGACCCAUCCCGCCCAGCCCCGGAGGGAGCCGAGACUCGCCGUGUCCUCCGAUGGUGAGGAAGCUGAGCCAAGUGGAAGAGCGUUUCCUCCUAAGGCGGCGAGCAGACUCCAUCUGAUGGACAGAUCCUCCGAGUGACCAAGCUCCUCCUUUGGGCCUGUGAGCUGACUGCGUGAACACAGGGAAGGAGCCAGCGCCCUCUGAUCCCCCACCGUCCAGCGACGUGAGGUCAGGGGAGCUGCAGGAGAUGAAGUUCAGCUGCCUCUCCUUCCGGCAGCCUUAUGCAGGUUUUGUGCUGAACGGGGUCAAGACCCUGGAGACGCGUUGGCGUCCCCUGCUGAGCGGCCACCGGCACCGGACCCUGGCCGUGCACAUCGCUCACAGGGACUGGGAGGACACUGCCUGGAGGGAGCUGCUGGUGGAGAGGCUGGGGAUGACCCCUGCCCAGAUCCAGGCCUUGCUUCAGGAUGGGGAGAAGUUUGGCCGCGGAGUCAUAGCUGGGCUCGUUGAUGUUGGGGACACUUUGCUGUGCCCAGAAAACUUAGGUCCCGAGGAGGUUGUGGAACUGGAGAAUCGAGCCGUCCUGAGCAACCUGCAGCAGAAGUACCUGACCACGCUCUCCAACCCCCGGUGGUUACUGGAGCCC